AUGAAGCUCGCCGCAGUUGUCUCCAUCGCUGCUUUCCUUGCCGUUUCUCUCGCUUCUCCCUUUGAGGAGCGAAGCGGAGUCCAUCUUACACAGGCUCAAGCAGAAGCUCGCUUGAUACCUGAGGGUAUUACCGCCUCCUCUUCCGGCGGAUGUACCUCUAAGAGUAAUCCAACUUGCACGUCCUACGAUGGAAUCCUCUCCGGUACUGUCGAUGGGGUCAUCACCUUGAAGCAUGCCUCUGGCGUCAGCUCCCUGGUAAUCACCGGUGGAACAGAAGUCGGCCACGCAAGUGGCACUUUCUCCCAUGCCAACGGAUAUAAGGUCGAUGUUCGGCAUCAGACCGGGCUCGAUAAUUACAUCCACUCCGCUUUCACGAGGAUCGCUGACAGGUCCGACGGUUUUCCACAGUGGGAAGCUGCGAGUGGCAACAUUUACUGCGAUGAGGGAACCCAUUGGGAUAUCACUUACUUCUAA